AUACAAAAACCACCAGAGCCAGCGAGACGCAGCCAUGAAACCAGCAACUAGUGGAGCAAAACAAGCAAAAAUCAACAAGCAACAAAAACAACAACAUCGUCGUCGUUGUUGGCGACAACAAUAACGCCUGUCCGACCGGCCGACCCACCGAUCCAUCGACCGGGCCAGGCUGUGUGGCGGAGCUGGAAAAAAAAGUAAAACAGCACACACUGAGCGGCGGCGACAUGAGACUGCGCCAGCAACUGCUGCUGCCGCCGCCGCCUCUCUUUCGAGCUGGGCUGAGCUGAACCGAACCGAAAUGCUGCUGUAGUACCACAACUGAUACAAACGGUUAUCUUUUUUUCCAAGUCUCAGUCGUAAUCAACAACGUGUGAGACGCGCUCGAGAAACUGAAAAACUACAACUUUCAGGUCGUUUCGAAAAAAAAACAACAGCAAAGCAAGAAGAAAGAAGGAAAGAAAAACAAAAACAACAAAAAAUAAAACAUCGAUUCGAAAAUAACAACAAAUCGAAAAAAAAAACAAAAUAUAUAAAACAUAAAUACAUCAACAAUAACAUAUUUUAUAAUUGUUGUUAUUAGCCGUCAUCGUCGUCAUUGUUGUUGUUGUUGUUCCUUUUCACAUAAUUUAAAUGUUGUUUUUAUUUUGUCGAUGUCUACUUGAUUUCAAAACAACAUGAAACCCCUCUAAUCGCCAAAGUCGCCGCCGCCGCGGAGGAAGAAGAAGAAGAAGCUCAAAAAAUUAAAGAAAUUUUUGUGAAUCCAAAAAAAAAAAAAAGAAAUAAAAAAUCUUCGGAAAAAAGCUAGUUUUAAGGAAGUGUUGUUCGUUACAGGCACAGAGUGUGGGUUUUUUCUUAUCGCCAGCGAGGCGAGUUGUUGUGCAAAAAAAAAUGUGUUCUUCCAUUUGGUGGAAAUGUAAUGCAAAAUCCUAUUGUGUUGUGUUAUAGAGAAGAAGAAGAAGAAGAAAAAAAUUAUAAAAAAUAUAAAAUUCCAAUAUAUUUUAGUGCAAUAUGUGUUAUGUAAAUCGCUGCUCUUCUGCGUAUCGCUUGUGAUAAUGGAUGCAAUUCUCAUAACCAGCUGUAAUUGGCAAUUAUUACGAUUGCAGCCCAAGGAUUUGUGGAUACUGGCGGUUAUUUGUGAAAAUAAGUGAAAAUUAAAAAUAGGUGAAAAAUAAUAGUGCAAUAUUUGUGAAGAAGUGAAUCCUGGAAAUUCCGAAGCAAUAUUUUAUACAAAAUAUAUAAUUCAAUUGAAUCAUAAUUUUAAAUAAGUAUUCCUCAAAUUCAAAUAUAUAUCAUCAGAAGCAGCUCAGUUCUUUGGUUGGUGAUAUUGUGAUAAAAAUUGAAAUUGUGUGAUUUUCGAUCCUGUAUUUAAAUGAAAUGAUAUUCAACAUAGCAAUGAUAAAGUGAAAACUUUGGAGUACCACUUUCAACAACACAACAAAUAAGUGAUUUGUGUGACAGCCCCAAAAAUAACCCGAAAAACGGAAGUAAUCGGUCUUCGUUCGACGAUCUCUCUUGGCAAACAUUUGGCAUAUCAAAAUAAAUAGAACUCUGUUUUGUUUUUAUUUUUAUUCCUCUUCAAAUUUAAUUCCACAACUGAAAGUAAGAAAAUAAAUAUUCGAACAAAUCACCUUCUCUCCAACUUCCCGUCCCCCCGUACGAUUAUCAUUAAUAGAAACAAAAUCGAUUGUUGGUUUCAUGAGAUUUGAUCCGUAACUCCGAAUUGCAAAGAUGACUUGAGAUCACAUGAGUGUUCGGCAAACCGAAAAAAAUAUUUGAUAUCUCCUCAUCUCCCGCCUUGCCCAAACUCGAAAAGAAACAGAAAUUUUAGAAGUACCGAAAGAUAAAUUUUCAUAACUGUAUCUGCCGCAACAUAAAACUUACAGUGAUCUUCUAACAACAACAACCACCACAACAACAAAGAACACAUUCCUUACAACAUUGUUGCUGUCGUUUCGUGUUCGACAGUGUGGGUGUACGGUUAUCAACGCUCUCUUCAUUAAGUCAUACAUCUCGCCACCAAGUCAUACAUAGCUACAUGUAUGCCAGCACCGAAUGCGACGCACAUCAUCGGGAUACACUAUACGGUAACCGAAGACUUUUGUUUCAAACAACCUGAGAGUUGCAAGCGACCAUGCGCGCAUGGCUUCUACUCCUCGCAGUGCUGGCGACUUUUCAAACGAUCGUUCAAGUUGCUAGCACCGAGGAUAAUCAAAUAUCAGUAUCGUCGAGAUUUAUUGAAGCAAUACAGCCGAUUAAUCAUAAAAAUAAGGAUAAAACCGCAACAACAAUAACAAAAGUGCCGUCGCCAAGACAAAAUAAACAAACGACGACGGCUGUUGUAAAAAAAUCAACGGUGCAAACGGCCUUAAUGGAUUUUCACAACAAUCAACAACAAAGUAUUGUUUAUAAACCACAUACAACAAAAAGUUUUACAAGUGAUCAGUUAAGUGAAAAUUAUCAAACAAAAGAUAGCAACAACAACAACAACAACAAAAACCUUAUUAUUGAAAUCAAAAAUAUUGAAGAAAUCGAAACAAACGAUUUAAACGAAAUCCAACAGAUUCAAGUGCAAGAAAAUCACAAAAACACCAACAACAACAGCAACAACAAAAAACACAAACAUAAAGAAAAUCUAACCGAAAGUAAGGAAGUGAUGAAAAUUGAAGAAGUGACAGCAGAAGUGAAGCAACAUAAAAAAGUUCAUAAAAAUCAAAAACAUAAAAUCUUAUCAAACAAUAACAACAACAACAGCAACAACAUGGCUUUAAGUGUUAAUGAAGAAGACAACCAACAACAACAACAACAAAAACAUAUAAACCAAAAACAUAAUAACAACAAGCAUAGAGAGGAUGCCAUUACAACAAAACAACAACAACAACAAGAACAAAGUUCCUCCUCCUCCAGCAGCAGUAGCCAGCAACAUCAAAAGCAUCAUAAACACCAGCAUCAGCAUCAUAAUAAUCAUAAUCAGCAACAAACAGAACCUGCCUCACAACAACAACACCAACAUAAACAACAUCAUCAUCACCACCACCAUCAUCAUCAGUCCAAACAAAACAAGGACUCGGAAGAAACGAGCUCCGCCUCCCACACCUCCCCAUCAGAGUCAUCUAGUGAUAAUUUAUCCUCCGCCUCACAAACAUCAUCAUCCUCAACAACGACGACACCAUCGCCACCACCCACAACACCCAUGGAUGUUGAUGUCCUGGCCGAAGAUGAUGUACCCCAAGUGGAUGCGGUCAUACCCGAUGAUGGUCCACGCACCUAUAGCAAUAACGAGGUGAUCGGUGACAAACUGAAACCGGAUCCCUCAACUCUAGUCGAAAUUGAAAAUAGUUUAUUGUCGCUAUUCAAUAUGAAGCGGCCGCCGAAAAUCGAUCGUUCCAAAAUCGUCAUACCGGAGGCCAUGAAACAGCUGUAUGCCCAGAUCAUGGGCCAUGAAUUGAAUUCUGUAAAUAUACCAAAACCCGGUUUGCUGACCAAGUCGGCGAAUACAGUGCGAAGUUUUACGCAUCAAGAUAGUAAAAUCGACGAUCGGUUUCCUCACCAUCAUCGGUUUCGUUUACAUUUCGACGUGCGCAGCAUACCCGCCGAGGAGAAACUGAAGGCUGCCGAACUGCAGCUGACACGUGAGGCCAUCAGUCAUGCCACCCUCAAUCCCCGCCUGGCCAAUCGCACCCGCUACCAAGUGCUGGUCUAUGACAUAACACGAGUGGGUGUACGCGGCAAGCGGGAGCCCAGCUAUCUGCUGUUGGACAACAAGACCAUACGGCUGAAUAGCACAGAGACGGUGAGUUUGGAUGUCCAACCUGCUGUGGAUCGGUGGCUGGCUUCACCGAAGAAGAAUUUCGGUCUAUUGGUGGAGGUGCGGACGUCACGCUCCCUGAAACCGGCACCGCAUCAUCAUGUACGCUUGCGCCGCAGUGCGGACGAGGAACAUGACGCGUGGCAGCGCAAACAGCCCCUGCUCUUUACCUACACCGACGAUGGACGGCACAAAUCGCGUUCCAUACGCGAUGUCAGCAAUCGUUCAAAGCGAGCUGGCCACAAUCGUCGAUCGCAUCGGCGAAAGAAUAACGAGGAGAUCUGUCGACGCCAUUCGCUCUAUGUGGACUUUACGGAUGUCGGGUGGAGUGAUUGGAUUGUGGCGCCGCCAGGCUAUGAUGCCUUCUAUUGUCAUGGCAAGUGUCCAUUUCCGCUAGCGGAACAUUUGAAUUCGACAAAUCAUGCAGUGGUCCAGAAUAUGGUGAACAGCAUUAAUCCGGGGAAGGUACCAAAGGCAUGCUGUGUGCCAACACAGUUGGAGGGCAUAUCGAUGCUCUAUUUGAAUGAUCAGCGUACGGUUGUGCUCAAGAAUUAUCAGGAUAUGACAGUGGUGGGUUGUGGUUGUCGGUAAGAUGAGGUUCGAGAGAGGAGAGAAGGACAACAACCACACAAAAUAACUGAGAAAAAAAAACGUGAGAAAAAGGGGGAGGCGAGAGGGCAUACUUUUAGGGAGAGGGAGAGAGAAAAAGAGAGAGUGAGUUGGUGUAAAAAUGCUUGGGCGCCAAAUUGGUUUGGGAGAUGAAAAUGACUUAUAUUUUCAUAACUCCCCUGCCAAAGAAGAGUUAUCCUUGGCCCUUAUUUUUUCCACACCUUUGCACCAAUGGAAUACCCCCCUUUCCCCUUGGAAUUUUUGUUCUUCUUUUGCCUCCCUUUUUGGCAACAUAUCGUGAUAUUUUCCUGCAGCCAGCUUUUUGGUUAAAGCUUAAAGCUGCAUGCAACCACAACAACAACAACGAAAAAGCAAGCAAUAGAGCAUCAUUUGCUAGAAUUGUAAAAGAAAUUUGAGAGAGACAGAGAGAGAAAGAAACGCCCGCCCUUUGCUUGGCUGGCGAUCUUAGCUUUGUCUUGGCUAAGUCUAGACUUUCUCUGGAUCUGUAUUUUUUUUUUUUGGUCGUUCUUUCUUUGCUUUUUAACGCUUUAAUAAGUUUAAAGAUUUUGUUUUUGGUAAAUCAAGAAAAAAAUAUUAUUAUAUAUUAAAACAAAACAAACGCAAUCUAAAUGGACUGAAUUAUUGAAUUUUAUUUCUUAAAUAAGUGUAAAUAUUAAAUAUUAAAAAAAAUAAAUAAAUAAAAAAAAACCGAAAUGCUAGGGUUGACAACGAGGUGAUAUAUAGAUGUGAGGUGUAUAAAUGCAAAAAUAUCAAUUCCCCUACAGGUCAUAAGUAGUCACUAAAUGAGGAACUUUUCUUAAAUAAAAAAUAAAUUAAAAAACACAAGCCGAACUAAAAACGAACAAAUUACAUCCCCCCUCCCACACACUUGACAGCUAGGCUGUCCGAAUAAUAUUUUCUUUUGUAUAUUCUUAAGCUUCAAUUUCUUUAAAAACAACAACAACAACAAUAUUCUCACUGUGCCAUCCUAUUCAAUAUUCAUCAAUCCCACAUAAAAAAAAAACUUUCCAUUUCAUAUUUUCUCCAAAAAAAAUCAAAAAUAUUUUUUCCUAAAAAUAUACUCGAAAAAAAUUCAAACAAAAUUGUGUAUAGAACCUAACCUAAAAAUAAACGAAACCAUGUAAAUUUAAAAAAAAAAGAAAGAGAUUAUUCCAUAAAAAAAUCUAAUUAAAAAAUUGUAUUUUGUUAAAAAAAUAAAUAAUUAAAAAAAUAAAACGGAAUAAGUUUUAGUCUAGCGAAUAUCCAUAUCCUUACAUUUAAGGAUUAUUAUUAUUAUGAUUAUUAUUACUUUAAUUAUUAUUAUUAUUUUUAUUUUCUAUUAUUAAUAAUAUUAUUAUUAAAUAAAUAAUUAAUGUAAUGUAUUUUAUUCUAUUUUAUAUAUACAUAAAAACAACAACAACCAACCAACAAAACAAUGUAUUGUAAUAUGUAUGUGUAUCUCUUUGGCUUAAUUUAAAAAAAUAUAUAUAUAUAAACAAAGAAAACAAAAACUUAAUGUUAAACAAAAAAAAAAACAACAACAACAAUCGAUUUUAAGUUUAAUUAUUAACGAAAUUUCAAAUUUUUAUUACAUAGUCAGAGCUAUCCCCUUUCCCCACCAAUUGUAAAUUACUCCUACCCUACUCUACUUUCCAACUUUUUCUUUUCUGUAUUCCAAAAAAAAGUAUAUUUUUUGUAAUUUUUUUUUUGUGUGUUUUUUCAUCCUCUUCUUGUGUAUAAUUUUCUAUACAUUUAUUAUUAAUGUCCUUCUCUUUAAAAAAACAUACUUUUUUUUUCUUAAAUUCUUUUAAGUGUCCCAUAUUUUAUGUUUAUUAUUACUGCUCUAAUUCGAUGUAUAAUUUUUAUUUUUUGCUAUUAUUAUUUAUUUAUAAAAAUUAUUUUUUAUAAUUUUAAUUGUAAACGAUGUGCCGAGAAAAAGUUUAAUUUUUAACUGAUUGAGAAUGAGAUGAUGAAAAAAAUGAAUGAAAUGAAAUGAAAACCCAUUUGAAAAAGCAAAAAAACAAUAAAAAAGAAAAAAUAUUUUAUAUAAAAAAAUAAA